AUCGCCCUACCGAAGAAAAAAAAAUUCAACUACAAGCCGCUUUGCCUCGAUUUUUAACAUCAUCUCAACUUUCUCCACAAUCUCCCUCUAAGUCCCUUCUGAUUAUACCCAUCAAUCCCAAAUCUUAAAUCUCACCUAGGGCCUAGGUUUAUCAAUCAAAUUUUAGUGCUGAGAUGAAGCCAAUUAGGCUCCCGGAGCCGCCAGGAAGCCCGAAGCGGAUGGGCGGAGUUCCAGAUAUAUUUGAAACCGGCGUUUACGACGUCGUCCGCCGCGCAGUUAUAAUCGGCAACGGUUUUCCGGCGUCGGAGAAUCAGAGCAUGGGAUUGGUUCGAGCACUUGGCUUAAGUGCUAAGCAAACGCUCUAUAGGGUUACGAGACCAACAGGAGGAAUCAAUGAGUGGCUUCACUGGCUUCCAGUUUCUAUCCAUAAGAAAUUGUACUUUAUCAUUAGCCGGAUAUAUGGGUAUUCAACUUAUUUUAUUUCCAGAAGAGGGAGGAAACUAGCACAUUUGCCUGCAGGAAAUGGUGUUGGUGUGGGUUUAUCAUCAGUGUUGGAAGCUGAUGUAAAGAGUAUUGUCAAAAUGGCUAAGGACACUUUUGAGAAGGAUGGCCCACUGCUUGUAGUUGCAUCUGGCAGAGAUACAAUUUCAAUUGCAAGCUCUAUAAAAAGAUUAGCAUCUGACAAUGUGUUUGUUGUCCAGGUUCAGCAUCCACGGUCUCAUUUGGACAGAUUUGAUAUGGUGAUAGCGCCAAAACAUGAUUAUUACUCAUUGACCCCUCAGGCACAAGAGCAGGUUCCUCGCUUUCUUCGGAAAUGGAUAACACCGCAUGAGCUUCCUGGUGAUCAUGUCGUCCUCACAGUAGGAGCACUUCAUCAAAUAGAUUCUGCUGUACUUCGUACUGAAGCUAAUGCCUGGCAUCAUGAGUUUGCACCUCUGCCUAAGCCAUUGCUUGUAGUUAAUAUUGGAGGACCCACAAGGUACUGCAGAUAUAGCACAGACCUUGCAAAACAACUGAUAGCGUCCCUUCACAAUGUUCUCACGAGCAGUGGAAGUGUCAGGAUAUCUUUCUCAAGGCGGACACCUGAAAAGGUUUCUAAAUUAGUAAUUAAAGAACUUGGAACUCAUCCCAAAAUCUACAUAUGGGAUGGUGAAGAACCUAAUCCACAUUUAGGACAUCUGGCUUGGGCUGAUUCUUUUAUUGUCACGGCUGAUUCAGUUAGCAUGUUGAGUGAGGCUUGCAGCACCGGGAAGCCUGUUUAUGUUGUUGGAGCUGAACGCUGCACCUGGAAACUUAUGGAAUUCCAUAAGAAUCUAAGGGAAAGAGGCAUGGUCAGACCAUUUACAGGUCUGGAGGAUAUGUCAGAAACCUGGGGCUACCCUCCUUUGAACGAUACCGCUGAGGCAGCAAGUCGGGUGCAUAAAGCACUUGGUGAGCGAGGAUGGAGAAUACGAGCAUAAAACCACUUAUAUACACUGUUGUUGCAACAUAUAUCAUAACAUAAAAUAAAAUAAAAAACUCCAAUAGCGCAUGCUUUUCCUUAUCUUCCCCCAAACUUUAGCUUCUCUUUUACAUAGAGAAAGAGCCAUAGAUAUACUAGUAUAUGUUUUAUACUAGUAUAUUUGGUUUUACUUGUAAAAUAAUGAUUACCUUCAUUCAUGCGGCCUGUAAAUUUUGGUACCUUGAGUAGGCUGUAAAGUAAAAGUAAUCUUUGUGAAGGCCUUUGUGCUAUAUCGAAUUUUUAUAUGCAUUCAGAAUUCAAAACUUUCCCAGUUCA